GUCAAAUCCGAAAAAGCAGAACCAUAUAAGAAAUGAGAAAGCAAUAGUUCAACUAUUGUCUUGCUGACGCUUGAUAAUUUUUUUGAGCGCGUCGUCCCGAGCCUUCCACAUUUGGAUCAUGCUCUCAACCAUUGACUCCAUUGCCCCAAGCUACAUAUGUUGUAAAAAAUUUAGUUUACUAUAUGCAACCAUGUCACUUAAGAAGCAAAAACAACAUCUAUGUACCUGAUUUAGGUCAAGGUUGUCAAAAUCUUUGUUUUCCCAGCAUGAUGCGUCUGGAUUGAGCCAGUGAUGUUUCUCCGCCUCCCCUUCUCUUGGAGGAGGGGGCAUCGAACACCUUUUGGAUUUUGUCAUCUUGCACAAUUCCUGAAAAGAACUAAUAUCAUUGAACUAAUAGCUAAUAUCAAUGAAAAUCUCAGAUCCCGCAAAUAGAAAGAAAUCCAAAUCGCCCAAAUCAAAAGAAUCCCAAUAGCAACACAAACAUAACUAAUAUCGACACAAACAGAACAAAUAUCGACACAAAGACAACUAAUAUCGAGACAAACAUUACUAAUAACCACACAAAUAGAACUAAUAUCGACACAAAAAGAAUUAAUAUCGACUCAAAUAGAUCUAAUAUCGACUCAAACAGAAUUAAUAUCGACACAAACAGAAAGCCAUUCCACAAAACCCAGAAAUAAAAUCAACAAAAGAACGAAUCAUGUAACCCUAACUCAAAUCUAUCCAAACGAAAACUAAUAUCCACGAAACUAUGCUUGAAAACUUACUUGAUGAAGAACCCGAGUUCCCUGCAAAGUGCCGCCGCCGAGAUCGCUGCUUCGCCGCCGCCGCCGAGAUCUCCGACUUCGCAGCAAGGUCGCCGCCGAGAUCCCCGCCUUCGCUGCAAGGUCGCCGCCGCCGCCUAGAUCGUCGUCGCCGCCAGACUUUGCUGUCGCCGAGUUCGACGCCGCCGAGUUCCAAUCACCGCGCGGCGCUUCGUCUGCGUUCGGGAGAGGAAGAAAGGCAGAGGAAAGGGAGAGAUUUGGCAAUUGGGGAAGAACGUUAAAAGGGGUAGGGUUUAGGGUUUUGUUCUUUGGUUUUUGAAUUAGUGGGCCCGGCGGGCCCCGCCGCAAGCCCGAGUGGGCUGAACGGAUAUUAGUUCGCGACGUUCGGAUAUUUAGGCUGGGGUGUUUGGAUAGUUUUUUAUUGAGACUGGAUAUUAGUCUGUCUUUUUUGGAUAUUUGUCUGUGUCGUUUGGAUAUUUGUCUGUGUUGUUUGGAUAUUUGUGGAGAUACUGACACGGCCCAGUGGAGUUUUGUGGGUUUUUUAACCCAGCUGAGAUGAAUGAUGGAGCUGAUGGUGGCGGCUUGGUAGGGUUUAGGUGGCAAGGGGGGAGAAAUGGAAAGAAGGGGCACAAGUGGGUCAUUUAUUUGGGGAAACAAAAAACAAAAAAAGAAAAUUCAAAGAAAGUGGAGGAAUUUAAUGCUCCCAACUACCCUACCCACCCAAACCCGAAAAUUGCCUCUCUCUCUUCAAUUUUUAUCUGUUUUUCUUCUCUUCUAAAGGAAGAGAGCCGCCGCCCAACUGUAUUUUCCGGCGACCAUCUUCUUUUCCGGCGACCAUCUUUCCUUUCCGGCGACCUUCUACUAUGCCGAUCGACGACAAUGGGGAGUUGGAUGAUCAAGGAUCUUCUCCAAUGAAGAAGGGUAAAUCGAUCGGAGAUGUCUGUGAAGAAGAAGAACUCUAUCCUACAUCAUAUGAGUUUGUUGAUGAAGAUUCAAGUGGUACUCCUGCCCUCAACGAAGAAGAAGAAGAAGAUAAAGGUUGAUUGAGUUCUUUAUAUGUUUGUGUUGUUGUGAGAUUGGUUGGUUGCAUUGAAUAUUUGAUGUUGAGAUUGUUGUGAGAAUAGCAUUGAAUGAUGUUGAUGUUGUUAUGGGUGUUUGAUGUUGAAAUUGUUGUGAGAAUGACAUAUCUGUCUGGAUCUUUCGGAUAUUUGUCUGUUUCUUUGCAGAUAUGUGUUUAACUAAACAUGGUAUUUGUCUGGGCUGCAAGGAUAUUUGUAUAUUUGCUUGCCGAUAUUUGUUUAAUGAAACAUGAUAUUUGUC